GACUGACGGAUGUAUCCAAUCCAAAAUUCAUAACCGGAAACCUCUUUCAAACUAUACCCAACAGUCUAUGGAUAGAUGAUCCCUCGUUUCCGUUUUCUUCCAAAAGGGGCCUUUCUUAAACCUACAUCUCUUUUAUUUUCUCCAGGUAAACGCUCCUUGUCCGGCACGCCAGUGUUUGGUAAACCAGAGAAGUUGAGAGACAGCAAAGCAGCCUUAUCUGUACUAGAAAGCAUUCCAAAAGAACAAAUUCGAAACUGGGCUGUUAUUGCACAUAUCGAUCAUGGAAAGUCGACUUUAAGCGACUGUCUAUUGAAACUCACCGGCGUUAUUGAUAAGAACAAUGCCAAGAAUCAAUUUUUGGAUAAAUUAGCUGUUGAGAGGAGAAGAGGAAUCACUGUGAAAGCUCAAACUUGUAGCAUGAUCUAUUACUACGAGAAUAAGCCUUACUUGUUAAACCUGAUUGACACACCGGGCCAUGUUGAUUUUCGUGAAGAAGUGAUGCAUAGUCUAGCGGCUUGCGAAGGAUGUAUUUUACUUGUAGAUGCAUCCCAGGGCAUUCAGGCUCAAACGCUUUCUAAUUUCUACAUGGCCUUUGCCCAAAACCUUGUGGUUCUUCCGGUUCUUAAUAAAGUCGACCUGCCAACGGCAGAUGUUGAGAGAACCCUAGACCAAAUUGAGCAAACAUUUGAGCUGGAUAUAUCUAAUACGCUCUUUAUAUCUUCUAAGUCAGGAAAAAAUGUUGAAAAAAUUCUACCCGAAAUUGUCCACCGCUUUCCUCCUCCACAGGGUGAUAAAUCGAAGCCUUUACGAAGCCUAUUGAUUGACUGUUGGUAUAAUAACUAUCAAGGAGUAAUUUCUUUAGUCCGACUUAUGGAUGGUACCUUGCAAAAGGGACAAAAAUUAAUGAGUGUCAAUACAGGCAGAAAGUAUGAAGUGCAGCAAGUCGGAAUUAUGUAUCCUGACAUGACAGAAACAAGUCAAUUACGGGCUGGACAAGUAGGAUACAUUGUCUCGAACAUGAAGAAUAUAGACGAGGCUAUUAUUGGAGAUACCUUUACUACUGUAGGGCAAUCUGUAGAGCCUCUACCAGGCUUUUCAGUACCAAAGCCCAUGGUUUUCGUUGGAGCCUUUCCAACAGACUCUUCUGAUUUCGAGCGCCUAAAUGACUGCAUUGAGCAAUUAACUCUAAAUGAUCGCGCCAUCCACGUGGAAAAAGAAACAUCAUCCGCUUUGGGUGUAGGAUGGAGAUUAGGAUUCUUGGGAACUCUACAUCUUUCCGUCUUUGUUGAGAGGCUUCAAGAUGAAUAUGGUCGACAGCUUUUAAUUACCUCUCCAACAGUACCUUAUCUUACCCGUUACCAGGAUGGCAAAGAAGAAAUUAUAUCUAAUCCAAACAUGUUUCCCUCCCGGCGGAUGAAAAACCAAGAAUUUUUUGAACCUAUCGUUGAAGCAACCAUCAUUAUCCCCUCUGAAUAUUUAGGAGACGUUAUUAAAUUAUGCGAGUCUUGUCGGGGUAUUCAGUCAGAUUGUACUUUUCUUUCCGAAUCAAGAUGCAUGCUCAAAUACCAAAUUCCCCUAGCACAUUUAGUAGAAGACUUCUUUGGAAAACUAAAGGGUCAAACUAGUGGUUAUGCUACUUUGGAUUACGAAGAUGCUGGAUAUGCUCCAGCAGAUAUUGUUAAGCUAUCCGUUCAUGUAAAUGGCCAAUCGGUAGAUGCACUGUGCACAGUUGUUCAUCGUUCUUUAGCUCUGAACAGAGGACGUGAAUGGAUCCACAGGUUGCGAGAUCUAUUGCCAAAACAGCUGUAUGAGGUAGUUAUUCAAGCUGUCGUGGAAACCAAAGUACUAGCUCGACAAAACAUCUCAGCUUUACGGAAAAAUGUUACUGCUAAAUGCUAUGGAGGAGAUUGGACUCGAAAGCAGAAAUUGCUAAACAAGCAGAAAGAGGGAAAGAGCCGACUACGACAAAAUAGCAACAUGUCGAUCGAUAAAUCGGUGUUUUACCAAUUUUUGAUGAAGAAAACAUCAAAUUAAACAAUAUCUAAGGAAUUAAUGUUUUUCUAAAACCCAUUUACCUAACAAAAGUGAAGUUCUGGCAUAGACCUCGACAUCUCUACUUCUAGAAGCUUCUUAGAAGAAUCGAUUUCAAAACCAGCUACUGUAUAUAUUUCGUUGGCAAAGCAACCGUUCUU